GGUUCCAUCACUCCCUCCCUUCCUCGCCAUACACUGCAGAGCCCGAAGGUCACAGGUUACCACCCUCAGGGACGUUAUCGUCAGAAUUCUUGAAUCAGGGUGGUUCUCCAAAGAUCCUUCUGUUAAUCUGCAAUGUUGCUGGGUCUGGCCAACAAGCUACAAGGUUUGGGCCUCCAUUCCUGAUGAGAGUAGAAAGGACUCUGUCUUGGGCUCAUCUGCAACAGAGUGUCUGCAAUAAGCUUUACUUAUUAAAAAAAAAUGCAAUCAUAAAGACUACUGAACUGUUUAGGAUGCGUGUGGUGGGUGGGUCGGCUUCCUGCAGUUACCUGUCUCCCCACGACAGCAGACCUCUCUGUCACCCAAACGUGGACAGGGCCCUGAAAUUAUGCGGUCCUGGUGGUCCUCUGCAUGUGAAGCUUGUGAUUGAAUGGGAGAACAGAAUCAAAGAAUGUCUCUUUGGUAACAUUCAAGAGGAAGUUAUUGAGGAUGCAGAGAGUGUGAAGAUCCAGCAGCAGAAUCAUGUACAGCAGCACAGCUGCACACUGGAUGAGUGUUUUCAGCUCUACACCAAAGAGGAGCAGUUGGCACCAGACGAUGCAUGGAAGUGUCCUCACUGUAAGCAGAUGCAGCAGGGGAUGGUGAAGAUGAGCUUAUGGACCCUGCCUGACAUCCUCAUCCUGCACCUCAAGCGUUUUCGGCAGGUGGGCAAACGGCGAAACAAGCUCUCCACCCUCAUUUGCUUUCCUAUAAGUGGUCUGGAUAUGACUCCCCAUGUAGUGAAACGCAGUCAGAGCAUGAAGAAUCUGGCCCCGUGGCCUUCAACUUGGAAACAUGGAGAUACUGACUUCCUUUACGACCUGUAUGCAGUCUGCAACCACCACGGAGGCAUGCAUGGAGGCCAUUACACAGCCUACUGUAGAAACUCAGUGGAUGGCCACUGGUACAGUUAUGACGACAGCAGUGUGGAGAUUGUGCCAGAGGAGGAACUGUGCACACGGGGGGCGUAUAUCCUCUUCUAUCAGAGAAGAAAUGUCAUCCCACCCUGGUCCGCCAACAGCUCGGUCAGAGGUUCCACCAGCUCCUCCAUGUCAGAUCACUGGCUCAUCCGUUUGAAUGGUGAUAGCAAAAGAGGAAGUAUGGUAUCACGGUCUUCCACAACAUGCCCUUCUUCUAUCCCAGACUCCCCAGAGUCUCCCGUCUUUCAAAAUGAACCCUCAGUUGAAGAGAGAGGUGGGUUCGAAAGCAGACCUUUCGUGCGAGGAAUCCAAGGGCGUAGCAUAAGCAUGAAAAGUCCCACUAAGACCAGGGUGCUCCCACUGCGAUGGUCCUUUGGAAACAAAGACCGCCACAAACCUGCCCAAGCUCCUGGCCAGGCUCCUGCAGAGCUGGUGGAGUAUUUAGAGUCUGGCAGAAGGCCAAGAUGCACCAAAGACCCCAUUGUUGCCCUAAUGACUCGACCUUCAGAUAAAGAAAGCGGUAAAGACGAUGAUACGAAAAAACCCACAGCCAAAUCUUCAAGCCACAGCAGCCUCGGACCUCUAGAGUAUCUCAAAAUACCACAGGGUCAAGAAACAUGUAGUUCAGAGAAAGCAAUGGGCCAACAACCAAGCAGCAGCAAUAGACCAAGAGAAGAUGGAACUUUGACCAGACGGAGCAGCAGGAAAUCAAAACAGGACCGAUCACAAUCCAGAAACGGCUCCGGCACAGGGAUCCAAUCCAAUUUCAGCGGUCCAAGAGGGUGGGAAACAACAAAGAGGGAUGAUCCAAGCAAGGAGCAAGACCAACUAGAGGAGAAACCGAGAAAGGGACAGGAGACAAAACGUCCCGAUAGUGUCUUCGCUUUUCUUAAAGGCGGUUUCAUGAAGAAAGACUCGCUUCGGAGGUCUAGAGACAGUGAAUCUGUGAAAAGGGGUGAUGCAGAGGUGAAGAGCCCAUCUGGAGAUUCUCUCUCCAAUGGGACACACAAUAGAACUUCAGAAGGUAAAGCUAAUAGCACAAACCAAGUUCGUAGCAGACUCGGUGGCGAAUUUGCAAAUGGCAAGGUCAGUCAUGGGUCAUCAGACAUCAAACGCUCACAAAGUUCUUCCAAUAUUCAAAGCAAGGCUGAUCUAGGCUUAAGAAGAACGGCAUCUUUACACAGGAACAGCACAUCGGCGGCCCAGCCGCAGAGCGUUCCUAUGGACAGGGGCUCUCAGAAUACCCUGCAACGCACACGCUACAGCACAAACUCACUGGGCAGAAAGAAGGCAGUGCCUGAAUCAAGCUUCUGAGACUGACUUCACUACACCCAAAUAUCACAACAGCAUAGCAAAUAUCUAAAAGCCCACAUAAGAACUAUGGUAAGAAAGAUAUGUUUGAAAUGAUGGCAGCACACUAUGAAGUUGCACAUACAUUUGGAACUAGUGGAUGAUAUUUUUGUUCACUUUUUUCUGCUUAUAUGAAGUGCCUGUGAACCAGAGCUAUUUUUUAGAUUGUCGGAUUGUGUUUUGGCACUGGAAGUACAUUAUACGCUGGCCUUUGCACCAUAAUUUUGAAUUGAAAAAUGAUUUGCCUCGGAUUUGAUUUUUAUGUGUCACUAAAUAGAUUUAUCACCUGUAAUACAUGAAGGGAAUUGCUAUAUAUAACUUUUUAGUUUCAUCUUUUAUGAUUCUGCAGAUUGUACUGACUGGCUGCUAACCUCCCAUGGGUUUUCAUGACAUUUAACAAAGAUGUCAGUUCUUGCACUUUCAGUGAAUUUAUUGCACCGUCUGACUUAAUCGUGCUCUCAGACCAAAACAUAAAGCUUAUUCAUUUUUGCUUGUUUUGCAGUAUGCAUUAAGAUAUUUACAAAUCUGUAUUAUAAAAUUACUUUUGAAAAGUAUGAAAUCAAACUGAAUCUAAAACGUGUGCUUUAGGUGAGAUAUAUUUCUAUGGAUGGCAUGUUGACAACACAAUGUAUUAGACAGAACACCUUAGUAAAACAGUGUCACUUCUGAAAAGCACAAUCACAAUAACCACACCUUAUCACCAGUGGUUUAAUCUAUAACCUAACCACCUAAACCUAGUUUGAAUGCAGUAACAAGAACCUGUUUAACUUAAAGGACAGUACACCAAAAAAUGAAAAUUGUCAU